AUGUUCGCCAAAAUAUUUGUUACGUUAUUAGCCUUCAGCUAUUUUACAGUAAUAUUCAGUUAUCCUGAUGUAGAAACUGGUAACAGCAAUGGGUCUUUUUAUUAUUUUGCAUACGGCAGUAAUUUGUUGGCGAAGAGGAUACACAUUAAAAAUCCGUCUGCAGUUUUUUACAGUCCGGCUAAAUUGGCGAACCACAGACUAGACUUUAACGUUUACGACCCACUUUGGAAUGGAGCUGUGGGUACUAUAGUUGAAGAUGAAGAAAAAGAGGUCUGGGGCAGUCUUUGGACAAUCGAUAUCAACCAAAUGAAAUAUCUAGACGAGCAAGAAGAUCUAAACUGGUACCGAGUUAAAAACGUAACUGUGACUAAACCUGAUGGAACGGAAGUAUUGGCAAGAACGUAUCAGGAAAUCGACAAUCCUAGCAAAACUGAAAACGGCAAGGAUUUACCACUGGACAGACGUCCUUCCAGUACCUAUUUAGAGGUAAUAGCUCUGGGCGCAAUUGAGUCACACCUUCCUGCAGAAUAUGUUGGAUUUAUCUUUGCAUUCCCCACUAAUGGAAAAUUGGCAUCUACACAGAUUAGAAAUCAACUAGGUUACCCUUGUCCCAGUGAAGAAACUACUGAGCCCAAUGGAUACUUUUAUUAUUUCGGAUACGGCAGCAAUUUAUUAGCGAAGAGAAUACACAUCAACAAUCCAUCUGCGGUGUUAAUCAGUGCAGCCAAACUGCCGAAUUACAGAUUAGACUUCAUUAACCUCGGAGAUACUAAAGAAACUUGGAAUGGUGCUGCAGCAACGAUAGUUGAAGAUGAUGAAACGGAGGUCUGGGGCAGCCUUUGGAGGAUCGACAUCGACCAAAUGAAUAAUUUAGACCAGCAAGAAUAUCCAUAUUACUUUGCUAAAAAUGUGACGGUGACAAAACGUGAUGGAACAGAAGUGUUGGCUCGAACUUAUAUAGGAAAGACGGCCCCCAACAAAUUGAAAAAAGGAGAGGAUUUGCCUUCUGAGAGACGUCCUUCCAACACCUACUUAGAGGUACUAGCUCUCGGUGCUAUAGAGUCGCAUCUUCCAGCGCAGUAUAUAGGUUUUAUUUUCUCAUUCCCUACCAACGGACAGAUGGCUGCUAUUGGAAAAAGAAAUCAACUAGGAUAUCCUUUUUAA